UUUUUCUCAAGGUUUGAGCAAACACUUGUAAACAAAAUGGCCAUCUCAGCUAUGUAUUCCUCCAAAAAAAGCCCUCUUCUUUCUUCUUUUAAGAAAAAGGCACUAGAAAUCAAGAAAAAGCUCCUAAGGAAAAGGGUCUUGGGUCCAAGUCAAACCUAUAAGAGGGAAAAUGGAGAUAAUAAGAAGGUCCAACUAUGCCAUGAAAAAAAGGCAAAUAAACCUAGUACUGUUGACGCAAACUCAUCUGCUAUGCUGCGGGCAGAAGAAGUGCAAGCAAAUUUGCCCUCUCAAUUUCCUAGUUUUGCCAAGUUUAUGCUCCCUUCACAUGUCACUGGUGGAUUUUGGUUGGGUUUUCCAAAGAAAUUUUGUGACCGCCAUUUGCCAAAGCAUGACGACACUGUUGUUUUGGUGGAUGAGGAUGAACAAGAAUAUGCUACCAAGUACCUUGUUGAUAAAACUGGAUUAAGUGGUGGUUGGAGGGGUUUCUCCAUUGCCCACAGCCUGCUUCACGGGGAUGUCUUGAUCUUUCAAUUGAUCCAACCAUGCAAAUUUAAGGUGUAUAUGAUAAGAGAAAGUACCUUGACAGAACUUGAUGGUGCUAUUAGCCUUCUGAAUCUGGAUUUUCAUGCUAGGCCAAUCGAAUCUGAUCAAAUUGAGGACAUGAAAAUUUGUGAAGCAAAAGAGCUGAGGUACUUGGAGCCUCCUGUCCUAGAUACUCAUCAAGAUGACAAACAAGAAAUUGAUGGUGCUAUUAGUCUUCUAAAACUGGAUUUUCGUGCUAGACCAAUCAAAUCUGAUCAAGAUGAAGGGAUGAACAUCUGUGAAGCAAAAGAGGAGAAAUACUUGGAGCCUUCUGUUAUAGAUAUUGAUCAAGAUGACGAAAAUGAAGAAGCCAUACUGGUACAAAAUUUGGACCAAGGCGCUGCAUCAGAUCAAUGUGGAAAUGAUAAUGACAUUAGCUCUGAAGUUUUAGGCAUUAGAUUUUCAGAAUCAAGACUUGAAUUCAAAGAUGUGAAGGACUUUUCUGGUUUUAACAUUCUUGUAGAUGGUUUGAUCGUAGACUCUGAGAUUCCUGCUCACAUUCGGAACAAAUACUACGAUCUUUGCUGCACUCAGAAGUCAUUUCUCCAUGACCAUUUACUUGGUGGCCUGAACUGCAAGCUAGCUGCUGGAAUGAUCACAGAAACUGUGAACAUUGCUGAUGCCAUUAGAGCUUCCAACAUUUCGACCUCUCGUGAUUAUCUUGAAGCUUGGGACAAUACAUUGAAAGGGUUCGAGUGUUUAGGCAUGGAAGUUGGAUUUUUACGUGCUAGGCUUAAUAAGCUUGUUAGCCUAUCAAGUGAACCACAACAGAUUCUUGAAUCAAAGAGAAAUGAACUAGUUGAAGCCAAAGAGGAAAUGAGGAAUCUUGAAACUAAGCUUUUGAAGGUGAAACAGGUGAUAAAGAAUCUAGAUUCUGAAAUUGACUUAACAACUAAAGAUGCCAGUUUCGAGCUCAAGUUCAAGGCUGUGGCAGCUGCUCCAUGGUCAUGAUUUUUCUGAAAAAAAUGUCCAAAUAUUAACACAUAGUAGUUAGUUUGGCAAGAAGCCUUUUAGGUUCCUAGCAGGAAUUCUCAAGUUUUGAAGGAUGGGUCUCUAUAAAUUUUUGUGAGGUUACACGGUCAAUUAUAUCCCUUUUCUAGUGUAAUUGGGGAGUAAAUUUUUUGUAAAUUGCUAACAAGCUUAGUAGUUUACUGUAUUUCUGAGACAGUCUCUGACUAAUAUGUGG